AUGUCUUUUGAAAUGAUGUCAAGUGUGGUCCGGGUUUUGCUGGGAAAGACGGACUCGUCAGCAAACGGAUUUACGUAUGGCUUGCUAUUCAGCAUAGGUGUGUAUGUCACAGCACCAACCGUCCUGUCUCUGAUCGGUUUCGGGGCUAAGUUCACGGAAGAUAGUGAUAACAAGCGGAUGGACAAGUAUACACCCGGGCUCUCAAACCCUGCUAACGAGUGCUUUAUUAAUUCUUCUCUACAAGCAUUAAGCUCGCUCGAUUAUCUCACAGCGUAUCUACAUGACGCUCUGCUCUUGCUCUCUCCCGAAGAAGAGGACGUUGAGAAAAAUGAGGGAACCGGGGUAUUGUUGACGAGAUCUCUCAGCGAUAUUGUUGGUCAGCUGCAAACAGUCACUUGCGCGCCACAGACUCUGAGUAACAAACAGUUUGUACGUAGUCUGGAACGGAUAUUCCGAGGCAGGAUGUCGCGCACGCAGAACGAUGCCCAUGAAUUUACACAACUACUAGUAGAUACGUUAGAAAGUGAAAACGUUACAGUGCUUGCCCCGCUCUGUGAUGAGACAGCUUUGAAAUUCCCAUUUGAGGGGGAAACAACUAGUUUCUCCGUUUGCUUGAAGUGCAAGCAGUAUUCUGAAGUGUCAGCACAGAAGUUUCUGAUUCAUGAACUUGUCGUCCCCAAAAAAUCAGACGCCCAUUUGGAAGAUAUUUUAACAGACGGUGAUAGCGAACUGAUAGAGGAUUACUCUUGCUUAUACUGUCAAAUAACGGCCAUCUUGACAAACGAGAGUAACACUACCAAACCACCAACCGGUUUCGAGGCAGAAAUGGUAGGAAGCUUACAGUCUCUGUUACCGGAUCUCAAAAUUAACACCGCGCUUCCAGAUACCCUUCUCGACUACGUCAAAAGUUACCGUAAGGGCAACUGCAAUACAAGUAUUCUGAAAACAGCAAUUAUCAGGAGGACCGCAAUCAGCAACGCUCCAUCAAUCCUGUCGCUUCACCUUUCUCGUUCCAUGUUCAACGGUGCUAGUUUCACGAGGAAUCCCUGCAGGGUCGAAUACCCUGAAACGCUGAUUGUUCUACAGCGAGACGUAGAAAAUGGCACAGCUGAACGCAUAACGUACCGCUUGCGAUCCAUGAUAAAGCAUACUGGUACUCAUUAUAGCGGUCACUACCAAUGCUACAAACACAAACCAGAUCUAGUAAAGCUAAUGGGAACUGGCGUCACCGUAAACCGUUCUCCGACAGUCUUAGCGAGGCCGCCAAUGAUCCAAGAGAGAGUCAAAACUCCGAAGAGUGUACGUCGGUGGCCAUACUGGUUCAUUUCGGAUGCUGUAGUGAGGGAGUCCAAUGCAGGUAAGAUGUUACGCGAGAGUAAAUAUGUGUAUAUGCUGUUUUAUGAACGGGUGUUGUAG